CAUGCCAGUCGUUGUCACGGUCGCGUUUGGAUGGAGUCUGCUGUUGUUUGUGAGAAAAGGCAGCUGGUGUUACAUCCGCCAGUACAGUGUACAGUGCCAAGUUCACAAAGUCAAAGAGGAAGUACAUUUUGUAUAAAAGACCAGGACUGUUCAAAAGCCUCCAGUAGACGAGUAGAGGGAACAACGUAGUUCGGCUCUUCGCGCAAAGUUGCAACUCUGACAUACAGUUUCAGCCAACUGAUUGAGGUCGGCCUGCUGAACUGUCCAUCAUCCAGCGUCACCAUGGAGACAAAGGUUUACGUCAUCUUGGUCUUGAUCGUUCUUUGCGGAGCUUCUCCGCAAGUCUUUGGCAGCGCUCUGCAAGGUGGGUCCCAGCCAGAUGCAGGAGACUCUUCACAACUUGCAGGUGCAGACAGCUGCACAGAACCAGGUGGAGUCUGUCCUCCAGUGGAUAGCAAUGAUGGCAACAACCAAGAUGAACCCAAAGGUAUAUUUGCAUAUGUCUCAUUUCUACACGACAUCAACGCCCAGCUGCAGACCUUUCUUCAUUUGGCAAAAGAUCAGAGUAUCCAACUAUUGCGGGAUGAGUUGAAUCGGCUUCAGAGGGACACAAAAGCCGAAAUCCAACAGCUCAGGUCAGAGAUGGCAUCCAAGGACCAAAGGACCCAGGCCGAAAUACAGCAGCUCAAAACAGAGAUGGCAGCUAGGAAUGAAAGGAUCCAACAACAGCAGGACGACAUAGAGCAGCUUACGGGGGAAGGGGUGGCUAAAAACCAAAAGAUCCAGGCACUGGAACAGAGAAACUACAUCGAACGCUGUGAAUCCGGUGUGUUAAAUACACCUUACAAGGCUCUCGCCACCGGAUCAGGUACCCGCUACCGAGACCUGACCGCAACGUUCAGCAAGCCCUUCCGGACAACUCCUGUGGUCACGAUCGGCAUCAGGCAUCUGGACAUAAAUCAGCGCAUAAACACGCGUAUCACAACUGAAGUAAGGUCUAAAUCGCCCACAACAAUGACGGUACGUCUUCAAACCUGGACGAACUCAGUGGUGUACAGUGCGGGCAUCUACUGGAUGGCUUGUGCAUGAAAUGGUUAAUACAUGGCUAUAAUGGUUGAAACACCUUCAUAAAAAAAAUAUGUGUAACACCUCCAAACCAGAUCUCACAGCACCGCUUGGUAGUUGAAAACAGAAAACAGCAAACAUAUGUCAAUGCUUUCAUGGACAGGCGACACAAUUGGUCAAUCCAGAAAUAGCAAAGCUUUUGUCCCGAAAAUUUCCAUCACCUGUAACAUCUUUGUUGAUGUUUCUUCCUUACACUUGUUAUGAGUGGACCCUUAAAAACAGGAUACUACGAGCUUCAUAGACACACCACAUCACCGAUGAAGAACUGUUCAGGGAGAUUUAUACUUGCUUACUCCUUGCUGAGAGACAUCUUAGUAGUGUUUGUACAAGACAUCCUGUUUAGUGUGAGACAUACAAAAUGUAUUCUUAUAUAUACCAUGUAUCUUCUAGUAUCCUUUGUAUGCAAACGCUUAAGUAUACUUCUUGUAACCUACACUUGGAACAUAUAUGUACUCGAAUGGCGAUGUUAGUAAAUUCGCUUCUGGGAGAGCAGCAGUUGAUUUACUUCAAUAGAAAAACAGACUAACACUUACUAUAUAUAUUCACAGAAGAAGCCCAUCUUUAGCUACAACAUGUUAUAAGAAACUUGCAAUAUCUCUUUUCUCUCCAACACACCAUCAAAUGUAAGUCUAAAGCAGUACAAGAAUAGAAUUUCUGCACAAAACAAUUACACAUUUCAUACCUCCAUGGCUUGUUGUUCUUGCCUACAGUACAACUCUGUAUCUAUCGAUAUCUUAUAUCAUGUAUAAAUAAUUACUGAACCAAUUCUAUACCAAUGCAUAUCUCAACAGUUUUAUAUGUACUUUUACAGAUUUCUGACACUAUAAAGCAACUUGUAAAAGCAGAAUAAAGUUGGCAAAGUUCUAUGCACU